CGCGGCGCGGCUCGAGAGCCACGGGGGGCCCCAGUGUGGGGCGCGCGUGUUGCGGUGCGGGACUGAGAGGCGCCGUGCGGGAAGGAAAGGCCCGAAAUCCCGAGCGCGGGGUUCCGCGGGCUGCGUAGGAAAUCCUACUCUAAGACCGUGAACAAUCAGGUUUCCAAUAUGGUGUUGGGUCCAGAACAGAAGAUUCCAGAUGAUGAUGCAUCUGGGGACCAUGGGGACUCUGCCAGUCUUGGAGCCAUUAACCCGGCCUACAGCACCUCUUCUAUUCCUCCGUCCAACGGGCACGCAGAGGAGCCCUUCAGCACCUACUUUGACGAGAAAAUCCCCAUUCCUGAGGAGGAGUACUCUUGUUUUAGCUUUCGUAAACUCUGGGCUUUCACGGGACCAGGCUUUCUUAUGAGCAUUGCCUACUUGGAUCCAGGAAACAUCGAGUCCGAUUUGCAGUCUGGAGCAGUGGCUGGAUUUAAGUUGCUCUGGGUUCUUCUGCUGGCCACCAUUGUGGGGCUCCUGCUCCAGCGUCUUGCUGCCAGACUGGGAGUGGUCACUGGGCUACAUCUUGCUGAAGUGUGUCACCGGCAGUAUCCCAAGGUGCCACGAAUUGUCCUGUGGCUAAUGGUGGAGACGGCUAUCAUUGGCUCAGACAUGCAGGAAGUCAUCGGCUCAGCCAUUGCCAUCAAUCUCCUAUCUGCUGGAAAGAUUCCUCUGUGGGGUGGAGUGCUUAUCACCAUUGCGGAUACCUUUGUGUUUCUCUUUUUGGACAAAUAUGGCUUGAGGAAACUGGAAGCUUUUUUUGGCUUUCUCAUCACUAUUAUGGCCCUCACAUUUGGAUAUGAGUAUGUUACAGUGAAACCCAACCAGGCCCAGGUACUGAGGGGCUUGUUCGUGCCAUCUUGUUCGGGAUGUAGCACCCCACAGGUCGAGCAGGCUGUGGGCAUCGUGGGAGCUGUCAUUAUGCCACACAACAUGUACCUGCAUUCUGCCUUAGUUAAGUCCAGACAAGUAAACCGAGCCAAUAAAAAAGAAGUUCGAGAAGCCAAUAAGUACUUUUUCAUUGAAUCCUGCAUUGCUCUCUUUGUGUCCUUCAUCAUAAAUGUUUUUGUUGUCUCCGUUUUUGCCGAAGCAUUUUUUGGGAAAAGCAACAAGCAAGUGGGUGAAGUCUGUAGAAAUAGCAGCAGUAACUAUACUCACCUUUUUCCUGAUGAUAACUCCACACUAACAGUGGACAUAUAUAAAGGGGGUAUUGUCCUGGGAUGUUACUUUGGACCUGCCGCUCUCUACAUCUGGGCAGUGGGAAUCCUGGCUGCCGGACAGAGCUCCACCAUGACAGGAACCUAUUCUGGCCAGUUUGUCAUGGAGGGAUUCCUGAACCUAAAAUGGUCACGCUUUGCCCGGGUGAUUCUGACCCGUUCUAUUGCCAUCAUCCCUACUCUGCUUGUUUCUGUCUUCCAAGAUGUAGAGCGUCUAACAGGAAUGAAUGACUUCUUGAAUGUUCUUCAGAGUUUACAGCUUCCCUUUGCCCUCAUACCCAUCCUCACGUUUACGAGUUUGCGGCCAGUAAUGAAUGACUUUGCCAAUGGAUUGGGCUGGCGAAUUGCAGGUGGCAUCUUGGUCCUCAUUGUCUGUUCCAUAAACAUGUACUUUGUAGUAGUUUAUGUCCAGGACCUAGGGCAUGUGUCAUUAUAUGUGGUGGCUGCUGUCAUCAGCCUGGCAUAUCUGAGCUUUGUGUUUUACUUGAUUUGGCAAUGUUUGAUUGCACUGGGCAUGUCCUUCCUGGAUUGUGGGCGCACGUACCAUCUGGGAUUGACAGCGCAGCCUGAACUCUACCUCCUCAACACCGUGGACGCUGACUCUCUCAUGACUAGAUGACCGUCGACCCGUAUAAGAAAUACUUUCACUUAGUGCUUUUCUACCAAGUGCCCUAACAUCUCUGUUAGUUCAGAGGUGAGUUUUGUUCAAAUGUUUUGAACAAAAGCAAACAUUUCCUCAUGGGAAGGGUGUUAAAAGCUGACAGCUUGAAGGGUAGGCCAGAGACCCACCCACCUACAGCACUCCUACAAUAGGCAUAGCUAAAUGAUUGGCCUGCGAAGGCCACACACCCCUAUGGGCUUGUGUUUUGACUUCUGGAAUUCAAAAAGACGCGUAUGUGCAUAUAUUUAUGUAAACCUAAGCAUACUGGUUUGGGUAGGAUUUGAAGAUUAUAUAAACUGAUAGAUCUUUUGUAUUUUUUUAAAAAUAUAUUUUGUACAGUUAAAUCCAGAGCACAAAUAAGAAAGGGAAUGAGCUAGUCAAAUUGAUUUCCUUAUAUCGUGGUGCUUUAGUAUGUCACUUAGAUCUCAGUUUAUAGUUUUAAUCAGCCAUCAACCUUAAUAAUCCCUCAUACCAGCACAUCAUUUCUAAAGAAAACCUUCUGGCUAAUUAGUCCUGGCUAAUAGUCACUUUGUCAUUCUCUUCUUUGUUGUCUCUUUUCUGUACUCUUAUAGAUAUGUUUUAAUUUGUGAAAGAACUUAAUACCUACUAACAAGAUUCUGACUGAUCUUUAACGAAUUAUUUAUUGCCUAUGUUGCAUUAACUCAAUUCUUUCUAGAUUCACACUUUUGUUCUAAAAAGGAGCAUUGGGGACCAGAGAGUACAGUAGGUAGGAUGCUUGCCUUGCAUGCUGGCACCCCAUGUGGUCUCCCGAGCACUUCCAGGUGCUUCCUGAGUGCAGAAUCAGGAAUAACCCCUGAACAUGCCAGGUGUAACCCAUACACAAACAAACAAAUGAAAAAAAGGGAGCAUCUAACAUUUGCUUUGUAAGUUCCAACAGAAGAUCAUGAAAGUAUUCAUUUUUCUCUAAUGUGUAUGUAAUGACACUAAGUCUUUUCUUCUGAAUUUUCUCAUUAGCACUCCCAACACCAUUUUUGGUCCAAAUCUCUAUCAGAAGUGAAUAUUUCUAGUGUUGAACGCCCUAUGAAGCACUGUAAGAUCUCUAUAUCAAAUAGUAUGAGAUUAGAACCAAAAUGGGAUUCAGAAGAUUUCUCCUAUCUUAAACUGCCCGCCUACCUGAAGGUUUUAGUUGUUUGUUUGUUUGUUUUUAAACCUCCCUACUAAAUAGGAAUUUUUUUUCCCUUAAAAAUUUUAUAAGGACUAGGAGAUAGUGCAAUAGUGGAAGCACAUUCUCUGCGUACAGAAGGCCUGGGUUUGAUCCCUGGCAUUUCAUGGUACCCGAGCACCACCAAAAGUGACCCCAUGCACCGAGGUAGCCAGGUGUGUCCUGCCGCCCCGCUUCUCCUAGUUAAAAAUAUAGAGCAGUUUUGAAAAUUUAUGUGAAAAGUGAGAAGAUUUUCAGCAGUGGGCUCACAUCCCAGCAUAAAGAUGCAGCUGACUGGACCGGAAUUAGCAACUGUCCGUUUUUAAAGGAUAUGUUCUAGAGUAGCAUUUACUGGUUCACUCCCUCAUUUCCUUUUGGACCCAGAGGCACUGAGUUUACAAAUCGUGCAGUGUUUAGUUGACUUUGAGCAUCAUUUUCCUCUUUUUAGUGUAAAGAUAAAGCGUCUGACUCUUUGCCUCAGUGUCUUUUAAUAUGACCUUAAUUUUAAAUCCAGACAUUGACAGUCUUUGAGACAGACUUGGUCUUCUCGAUGUCCUGCGUGAUACUCGGAGUCCCUCAUUUCUACUUCAGGAGAACUCAAGACUUCUGAUAAGAGCAGCCUGCUGCUUCUGAUCCUAAAAAUAGGACUGAAUUAACAUAUGCUGUCAACUGACAUUUGAAAAGAAAGCAAUGUAUUUUUGUAUUUUAGCUUCUUAAUACACAGACAAGUUUAGAUGAACCAAAUUGGAUUUUCCUCUCUCCCUGGGCAGUUUAAUUUCUCCAUAGGUUCAUUACCAGAGACUAUUUGAGAAAACAACAAAGGGCAAAACAAAUCUGCUCCACAGCUCAGAGCAAGGUGAGGUGACUAGUAAAGAAUAAGUACUUUGGAGAUUUCUGUAGAAUUUCUCCAUUCUUUGGCUGUAUGUUAGUGGAAAUAGACUUGAGUUUACAAGAAUAUCUCUCAGGUCAUACAUCUUUUGUAAAGCAAAUGGAAUCAUGCUAAAAAGCCAGUAGAGGUUAAUAUUUAAAGAGUGAGUAUAAAACUUUUUUCUAAAUUAAUUUUAUUCUGUAAUUUGUAAUCUAUAUGGAUUUCUAUUAUGUGCUAACUAUAUUAUAGAAAUCAUAUACUCAGUCUUCAAAUUAACCGAGGUGCAUACACUCAGUUCUUAGUGGUUAACACUGAGACUCACUUUGUAAAAGAUUCUCUAACAGAGAUGUACCUAGAAUGUCAGGAAAACACAGUUAAAUAAUUGUUGCUGUUGCCCUAUAUAAGUGCUGCUCUAUAUAAGCUGAAUAUGUGAUUUUCCGCUUAUAUUCAAGGCAGUUAGCAUAUAUUUAAUCAUUUAAGCAUGAAAUAAUUAAUUUAUCAAAUGUGGCAUCAGGGGUGAUUGCUACCAUGAAAUAUACUUCCCAAUUAUAAACAUUGUAUUUUAAGUCACCAAAGCUUUGCUCCAGAAACAUGGUGAAUUCAGAUGUUGUAUAUUCUCUAUUUAAUUGGGUCUUCUUAUAGUGGUCCUUCUGCUUUACUGCCCCCCCCAUACACACACACAAAUGCAGUCUGACACUCACACCGGGUGGUGUUUAGAUGCUCCCAGCAGUGCUCAGGGGUCAGCACUGGUGUUGCUCAGAGGACUAUAUGGUUCUAGAGAUCCAGCCCAGGACUCCUGCCUGCAAAGUCUGCAUUCUUGCCCUUUGGGUAUUCUCUCCAACUUCUGAAUAGGCACUCUUAAUUAGUAAAUACUUCAUUGUUUUUUUUAGCCUUUUUUUUUCUUUCAAAUGUAUUACCUUAGUUUCAAAUGUAUUUAUUACCUUAGUUUUCUCAGAGUAAGAUUUAACAAUUCUUAUUGUAUUUACCCCCUAUUGUAUUUUGGGCAUAAAGUUAUUUUCUAAUUCAAUGUAUAUAUUGAUUCAUAUAUAUAUGUAUAUGUCCCCGCAAGGUCCCCAUGAUGUAUUAAUAUGCCAAAACCAGUAACAAGCUGGGUCUCAUUUCCCUGACCCUGAAAGAGUCUCCAAUUUGACAUUGUUGGGAAGGACGAGUAGAGAGAGGCUUCUAAAAUCUCAGAGCUAGGGAUGAAUGGAGACAUUACUGAGACCACUUGAGAAAUUUGACAAUCAACGGGAUGAUGAUUGAUUGACAUAUAUAUAUAUAUACAUAUAUAUAUAUAUAUAUAUAUAUAUAUAUGAAAGGAAUUUUUCCAGAUUGGAAAUACUUUUCCAUUGUGAAGAAGCUGCAGGAUGACCUUUCUGUGCGUUCCUCAGUUUUCCUGACUCUGGAACAUACUCACUCCAGCUGUGGGAACUUUAUGGAACAAAGUAGCAGAAUUCUUUCCUAACACUGUGUUGACCAAAAUACUUAUACUUCUUAGCAGCACGAUAGUCGCAUGAUGCAAAUGCCAGUUUUAAAAAUAAUUAGCUGCUCAAUGGAGAAAAAUGUAUGUGAUACCCAGAAGAGUGGGUUAAUACCCUGAAUGCAGAUACAUUUUCAGAUAUUUCUCCAUAUUUCACUUCUCCAUAUAUACUAGACUCAUCCGUUAUUAGAAACGUCAGUGUGAAGGAAGUCACACCAGACUGUCUUUUGGAGAGCACUGUAUUUGUCAUCAUCUGAUUGCAGAGGAAACUUUUUUUAUUAUUAUAUUUCUCAGACUUCACAUCUUAGGCAAUAAAUCUGAGUCAGGACAGCCAUGACUUCAACAACUUUAGGUCAUUUAUUAGAGCCCUUGAGCAGUCUGAAGGGAGUUUGGGACCACAGGCAUAUGACUACUUUGGUUUCUUAUAUUUUCUCAGUAUCAUUAGAACAGUUUAGUACCAGCCAUUUUGGACUCAGCCCUUCACUCUCCAUAUACUGUCAUGUGGGGAAAAGGAAUUUGUUUACUUGUUUUUUUAAAAGAUUUAAUUUUUUUUAUUUCCGAGCAAUGCUCAGGAGGCACAGAUGACUCUCAUGGUGGUAUUCUGCCUGACUGUAUAGGCCUUGUUUGGUGAUAAGAGGGGUACCAGGGCCACACCUAUAGUGUUCAGGGACAUGCUGGUGCUGGGGAUCUAAUUCAGGGCACUUGCAUGCAGAGAGAUUGUUCAGCAGGCCGCAGCACAUGAUUUGCUUGCACUCCAUGGAUUCAGUACUUGGCAUGCAUGGACUACCAAGCACGGCCAGAAAUAGCCCAGAUACCACUGGGUAUGAUCCCCAAACCAUAAUAGUAGUAAUAAUAAUAAUAACAAUAAUAAUAAUAAUAAUAAUAAUCUGGUUCUGGGGACGUGACUCUUCUGUAAAACUCUUGGCUUGCAUGAAAAGGUCCUGGUUUUGAUCCCUAGCACUGCAAAAACAAGCAAACAAAAACCAAAAUUGAAAAAUAAAAAAAACUUGCAAACAUUGAAAACAUGAGCUCCAGCCCUGUGAGCUACUUCCCAUACCAGGAGAAAAGGAAUUUUCAUCUAACAUGGUUAAAAAAUCAACAUAACCUGGGGCUGGAGUGAUAGCACAGCGGGUAGGGCAUUUGCCUUGCACUUGGCUGACCCGGGUUCGAAUCCCAGCAUCCCAUAUGGUCCCCUGAGCACCGCCAGGGGUGAUUCCUGAGUGCAUGAGCCAGGAGUGACCCCUGUGCAUUGCUGAGUGUGACCCAAAAAGCAAAACAAUAAAUAAAUAAAUAAAAACCAACAUAACCUUUCUCCUCUAGGGGAGUUCUUUCCUAUCCUAAAUGGAGGAUUAUGAAAAUCUUAGUUACAUUAGUUAAGUCUGGGGAAUUAUGCAUUCAUUAAGCCUUGAAUACAUUGAGUAUCACAUUUAACACAGAUGUAGAAAAUUUUCUGUACUCACUAUAUAACUUCUUACUUUCAGAUUGCAUUAGAGUAUAUUAUUUUCUACGACUAAAUGUAGAAAAAAAUUUAAGUCAGAAAAUUUUGUCUUAGGUGCUGAAAUACAUCAAUAAAGUAUAUUUUGAGUUGAUGUUUACAAUUAUUGACUUGAAAAUAAACUUGUUAAACAGUUGAGAUUUACUAUAUAAGACUGAUAAUUCUGCUGAUAUUUCUGCAAUACAAUUUGCUACAUGUUAAAAAUUUGUCUUCAUCAUAAAUACUUUUCAGAAGCCCUAUAUUUUGUUUUGUUUUGGAGCACACCUGGUGUGUGUUUAGGGGUUCUUCUGGGGACCAUGUGGUGCCAGGGAUUGAAUUUGGGCCUCCCACAUACAAGCAUGUACACCCCAGCCCAUCUCCCAAACCCAGGCUUUCUUUCCCUUUAUGGUGCUCCAUUUUUUUUUUUUUUGGACACAUUGCAGAACUUAGUGAGGGCUAAUGUAGUCCUUAUAGAGAAAAAAAAAAUACAUAGAGAAUCCAUGGGAGUAAGCACUGAGUUUCUUUCACUUAUAUUUUCCCAAAAUAAAUAGCCAUCAAUUAACAAAUACAUUAAUUAAACACAGAUUAUUCAUCUAUCUUUUCUCCUCUUGCAUUGUUUUUCCCUGGAGUUUUGAUCUCAAACUGUUUUUAGGCUUUAUUCAAACUACUUGCUUCCAUGGGGGGUAGGGGGGGUGAAAAUUGUGCAGGACAAGUAGUACCAAAGUUAAGGCACUUGCCUUCAUGUGGCUGCAGGCAUUGACAGUGGUUAAAAUCCUGGCACUAUAUGUGGUCUCCCAGCACUGCCAGGGUAGCUUCUGAGCAGAGCCAGGAAUGACCCUGAGCAUCACUGGAUAUGGCCCCCAAACACACUAAGAAGUAUUUUCUUUACAAAGUCCUAUGGAUCUCCUUAUAAAUCUCUAGGAUGCGGCCAGAGGGAUAGUACAGCUGGCAGGGCACUUGCCUUGCAGGCAGCUGACCCAAGUUCGAUCCCAGGCACCCCAUAUGGUCUCCUGAGUCCAAUCAGGAAUAGUCCCUGAGCAUAGAACCAGGUGUAAGCCCUGAACACAGCUGGGUCUGCACCCACCCCAAGAAAAUAGAGACCUAUGUCCCUAAUGAAUAUUGAUAUGAAGAUCUUCAACAAAAUCCUAGCAAACCAAAUCCAGCAAUGUAUCAAAAGAAUUAUUCACCGUGGUCGAGUGGGGUGCAUCCUAGAAAUACAAGGAUGGUUCAGUAUACUCAGUACACCAUAUUAAUAAAGGAAAGAUAAAGAUAAAAUAUAUUAAUUAAUUCAGAUUUUUGACAAGAUCUACUAUACAUUCAUGACAAAAAAAUUUUCUGAAAAAUAUGGGACUGGAGAGAUAGGAUUGCAAGUAAAGUACUUGCCUUGAACUCAGCUGACCCGCGUCCCAUCCCCAGCAUCCCAUAUGGUCCCCUGAGCCUGCUAGGAGUGAUUCCUGAGUGCAGAGACAGGAGUAACUCCUGAGCAACACUGGGUGUGGCUCCCCCAAAAAAACAAAAAGCAAACAAAAACAACUCUGAAAAAUAGAAAGAGAAGGAACACAUCUCAAGAUGGUAAUGGCUACUACAACAGACCUACAGCCACAACCAAUAAAGAAACACUGAAAGCCUUCCCCACCCCCAAGAUGAGGCACAAAGCAAGGGUACCUACUUUCACCAUCCUUUUUUUAAAAAAAUUUUUUUAUUUUACUGAAUCACCAUGUGGAAAGUUACAAAGUUCUCAGGCUUAUGUCUCAGUUAUACAGAGACAUAAACACCCAUCUCAAACACCCAUCCCUUCACCAGUGCCCAUAUUCCACCACCAAAAACCCCAGUAUACCUCCCAACCCCGCCCUCCCAACCCCCAUCCCCACCUGCGUAAUUGAUAAAUUUGACUUCAUUUUCUCUUUACCUUGAUUACAUUCCAUAUUUCAACACAAAACUCAACUAUCGUUGGAGUUUCCCCCCAGGAAAGACAGCCCUACUGCCAAGGAAGCAUUUGAUAAUUAGUUUUCUAUUGCUGAGAAUGGAGAGAUAUAAAGUUCCGCUGUUUCAAGUACAUAAAUUUUUUUUUCCUCCUUCCCAUGCCACCAAGUUCAUGCCUGCUUAAUAAACAGUCCUCAUAAUAUGGCUAACGCCACACCACUUGACGAGAAAAAAGGAUAUUUUCCAUCCUUGGCUGGCGUGGAGCUAUGGCUUAUUUCACUCUAGGGACAUGGCUGUAAGCAGUUUCUGGAACCAAAAGUAGUCUAGUUGGCCUCCUGAUUCUGGUUGAUCAGCAGCAAAGCGGCCGCACCAAAGUGUGGCCACCCAGGUCAGAUCUCGGUGGAGCGUGUGCUGGUAUCAGCCCGAGACUGCCCAAGUGUCCCGCUAUUCCAAGUACAUAGUUUUUUUUUUUCCCUUCCCCUUCCCACGCCACUAAGUUCGUGCCUGCUUAAUAUACCUCAUAAUAUGGUGGAUGCCAUGCCAUGUUUCUCCCUGAAAAGGGAAAAGAACCGAGAAAGGAGGAUAUUUCCUCUCCUCGGCCGGCGUGGGCCCAUGGUUUAGUUCAGUCUAGAGAAAUGGCUGCUACUUUGAUUACCUUCAAUAUUUCAACAAAAAACUCAGUAUUAUUGUUUGGAGUUUCCCCACACAGUCAGACCUGCUAAAAAGGAACCAUUUCACAUUGCUGACAAUUAAGAGAUAUUAGGUCGCGGCCGCGCAGUUUUGGAUUUCUGUAUAAAGUCCAGGGAAAAUUCUGCCAAAAAUUGCAUCACUGCAAGCUUUUACUUCCCUUUUGUGGUGCUCAUAAGAUGGAGAAGCCUGGAGAGAGAAACCCUUCCCCACUGGCGCUGCAUGGGGCAGUGGCUCAGCUCACAGUCUGGACGCAUCUCUGCGAGCUGCUCGUGUCCAGAGUAGUUCAGUUGCCUCCGGGAUUGUGCUCGAGCAGCAGCAGAGAACCGCCCCUUUUUUUUUAAUCCAAAAUAUUUUAAAAAGUUCUUAUCGCACCAAUCAGUCAAGAAAGAGAUCACUUGCAUCACUUGUCAUCCCAUUGAUCUUCAAUUUGCUCAAGUGGGCGCCAGUAACGUCUCCAUUCGUCCCUGUCACCUGCUAGUGUAGCCCAAUGGUAUCUGCUUGCUCCAGAAUCACGAAGAACCUCAAACCAUUCAUUCAGGGUUUUGAUGAAGAAGUCUGACCAUCUCGUAGGUGGAUGGCCACUCGGUCUUUUGACAUCCUGUGGAAUCCAGUUGGUAACAGCUGUAGUCCAGCAGUCAUCUCUAAAUCGCAUUACGUGUCUGGCCCAUCUGAUUUUCGACACCUGGGCAAAGGAGAUAGUGUCCCUGAUUCUCAGUCAUCGAUGGAGGUCAGAACUCUGGAUUCCUUCUCUCACUUGAGUGAAAUGUGAUAUUCUAAGCAUAGCUCUUUCGAUUCCUCUUUGGGAUACCCAAGGAGCAUUCUCAUCCUGUUUUUGUAGGGUCCAGGUCUCUGAGGCAUAUGUUAGUGCAGCAAGAACGGUGGAGUCAAAAAGAUGUGCCCAGAGCUGGAGGUUCUUCAUUCUCUUAACAACUUCUUUGACUCUCUCUUUUUUUUUUUCUUUUUGGAUCACACCUGGCGAUGCACAGGGGUUACUCCUGGCUCCUCAUGCACUCAGGAAUUAUCCCUGCCGGUGCUCAGGGAACCAUAUGGGAUGCUGGGAAUCGAACCUGGGUCGGCCACGUGCAAGGCAAACACCCUACCCGCUGUGCUAUUGCUCCAGCCCCACUUCUUUGACACUCUUGAAGGAGUUCCAUGCCACUCUCUUCCUCCUGCACAGUUCAAGUGCCAGGUCGUUUGUCAUGAUGAGUUCUCGACCCAGGUACACAUAGCUGCUGCAUUCGGAGAUGUUCAUUCCGUUGAGAGCAAAUGGAACGUCAGAAACUAGUUUGUUUUUCAUGAACAUUGUCUUGGUGAGGUACAGCUACAGUCUGACCUUUCCACACUCGCAGUUGAAGUCGGCCAGCAUUUGUGCCGCUUCACUAAUGUUUGGUGUUAUUUAGAACUAUGUCAUUAGUGAAGCGGUGGUGGUGUAGUUGCUGACUGUCUAUCUUUACUCCCAUUCCUUCCCAUUCCAUUUAUCUCAUGAUGUUCUCGAGGGUGGCACUGAAGAGUUUCAGUGAAAUGGUAUCACCCUGCUGAACCCCUCUCUUUACGUCGAUGAUCACUUCCUUGUAGAAUGGUGAAAUCCUGGUGGUGAAUCUGUAAUACAGCUUGCAAGCUGUAAGAAAGAGAUAAAGGGAUUCAAAUUGGAAAAGAAGUAGUCUAUCACUGUUUGCAGGAAAUGUUGAUAAUAUACAUCUAGAAAACUCUGGAGAUCACCAUUUUAAAACACAAAAAAAGCUUCUUAGAAACAAUACACCAAUACUGUCAGUUAGCAGGUUCUGAAAUUUAUACACGAAAAAAAAAAUCCAUGACAUUACUGUAUACAAAUAAUGAGCUAGAAUGGAAGAAAUGAAAAUACAAUCCCUUUUAAGAUAGUGUCCCAAAACAUCACAUAUCUAGGAAUCAGCCUAACAAAGGAGGCGAAAGACCUCGACAGUUAAAACUAUAAAUUACUGUUAAAAGAACAUUUGAAACAUUGUGGUGGGAAAGUAAAUGGCGGUGGGAUUGGUGUUGGAAUAGUAAAUAUAAAUUAUUGUACACAACUUUGUAAAAAUAAAAUAAAAUUUUAAAAUAAAGAAAUAGUAGUUGCCAGGAAAUUGAAAGAUAUUACCUAUUGAUGGAUUGGAAAAGUCAACAUCAUCUAAACGACCUUCCUACCUAAAGCAUUAUGCAGAUUCAAUGGCAAUAUCUAUUAAAAUUCUAAUGAUAUUCCUCAAGGACUUUCUACAAACUCUACUAAAAUUGUUAUGGGACCAUAAGACUCCCUGAGUAUGAGGUCAACUAGAUAGUACAGUGGGUAGGGCACUUACUUUGCAUGUGACUGACCCUGUUUGAUCUCCUGUAUCCCAUAUGGUCCCCUGAGCAUUGCCAGGAGUGAACCCUGAGCACAAGUGUAAGCACUGAACACCCUUGAGUGCAGGGGCUGGGGGAGAGAUUCUGAAUAGACAAAUACCAGAGGAAAAAGAUGGGAGGUAUUGCAUUACCAAUUUUUAUAGUACUACUAUAAUGAUCAAGACUGCAAGUUGCUCCCAUCAAAAAAUGGGGCGAAGAAAUGAACAGAAACUUUACCAAGGAAGAAAUACGAAUGGCCAAAAGGCACAUGAAAAAGUGCUCUGCAUCACUAAUCAUCAGAGAGAUGCAGAUCAAAACAACCAUGAGAUACCACCUCACACCACAGAGACUAGCACACAUCCAAAAGAACAAAAGCAACCGCUGUUGGAGAGGAUGUGGGGAGAAAGGGACCCUUCUUCACUGCUGGUGGGAAUGCCGACUGGUUCAGCCCUUCUGGAAAACAAUUUGGACGACUCUCAAAAAAUUAGAUAUUGAAUUCCCAUUUGACCCAGCAAUAUCACUGCUGGGAAUAUAUCCCAGAGAGGCAAAAAAGUACAAUCGAAACAACAUCUGCACAUGUAUGUUCAUCACAGCACUGUUUACAAUAGCCAGAAUCUGGAAAAAACCCGAAUGCCCCAGAACGGAUGACUGGUUGAGGAAACUUUGGUACAUCUAUACAAUGGAAUACUAUGCAGCUGUUAGAAAAAAGGAGGUCAAGAAUUUUGUAGUUAAGUGGAUGGGCAUGAAAAGUUUCAUGCAGAGUGAAAUGAGUCAGAAAGAGAGAGACAGACAUAGAAAGAUUGCACUCAUCUAUGGUAUAUAGAAUAACAGAGUGGGAGACUAACACCCAAGAACUGUAGAAAUAAGUACCAGGAGGUUGACUCCAUGGCUUCGAGGCUGGCCUCACGUUCCGGGGAAAGGUCAACUCAGAGAAGCGAUCACCAACUACAUUGUAGUCGAAGGCCAUGUGGGGGAAGGGAGUUGCGGGCUGAAUGAGGGCUAGAGACUGAGCACAGCGGCCACUCAACACCUUUAUUGCAAACCACAACAGCUAAUUAGAGAGAGAGAACAGAA